AUGACGGGCUCGACGCUGCACCACCCUGAUCCGGCGCACCCGCUCAACUUUUCCACGACCAAGAAGCUCCUCCUCCUCGUCACGCUCUCGGUCGCCGCCUGGCUGGCAAACUACACGGCCGCCGCGCACCUCACUGCGUUCCCGCAGGUGGCCAAGUCGCUCGAUGCCACCAUCCCGCAGGUGGCCAACGCCAUCGGCAUCAUGAUCCUCGGCCUCGGCACCGGGCCCCUCCUCUGGAACGCCCUGGCCGGCUCCAUCGGAAGGAGGCCCACGAUGCUCUUUAGCUGGUUCCUCUUCUUCGGCUGCACCUUUUGGAUCUCGUUUUCCUCGACCUACAACAGCUUCGCCGCCGCGCGCUACUUUGCCGGCUUCGCCGCGUCGGGCUCCCAGACCAUUCCCGCCACGGUCGUCUCCGAGACGUUCCUGCCGGAGCGCAGGGGCACCGCCAUCGCCUUCUGGGCCCUCCUCCUCCUCAUCGGCCCCGUCACCGCCCCCAUCGUCGGCGCAGCCUUCCUGACGGUGACGACGUGGCGGUGGAUCUACUACUUCACCAUCAUCCUCUCGGGCGUCGUCGGCCUCAUGAUCUUCUUCUUCAUGCCCGAGACGCUCUACAACCCGAGCGCCACCGCAGCCGACGCCGUCAACGGCCAGACGACGAGCAGCAUCGUCGACCGCUCCCACCACCACCAGCAGGACCUCGACGACAAGAAGGAGUGGAACGUCGACGAGGUGCGCGACGCCCUGCCCUCGCCCACGCUCGCGGCGCCCACGGGCGCCCACGGCCGCAUCGGAGCAGCGUGGUACCCGUGGCAGCAGCCGCUGCGCUUCCUCGGCGAGAUCAUCGAGCCCCUCCUCAUGGCCCGCUACAUUGUCAUGCUCGUGCCCUCAAUCGUCUACGCCGUCGUCUUCAUGUGGAGCGUCGGCUUCACCGUCGUCGCACCGCAGGUGCUCGAGCACCCGCCCUGGCACUUUUCCGGCGUCGCCGUCGGCGCCGCCUUCCUCGCCGCCGCCGUCGGUUCCGUCGGCGGCAAGUUUGCAGGGGGCUACUUUGCCGACGGCACCGUCUCGUUCUUCCAGCGUCGCGCUGCCGCCGCAGGUGGCGGUGGUGCGGGCGGUGGGGUCGAGAACGGUCUCGUCGGGUCUUCGUCGAUGCCGUUGCGCAAGCCCGAGUACCGGCUGUGGGCGACGCUGCCGCAGUGGCCCAUCCUGCUCGUCGGCCUGCUCAUGUUCGGCCUCGGCUUCGCCAACGAGCUCUCGUGGCCCGCCGAGGUCAUUGGCGGCUUCGGCGUCUUCUACUUUGCCAACUCGGCGCUCGGCGGCAUCAUCCAGACCUACAUCUGCGAAACCUACCUGGCCAAGAGCGUGCACGGCAUCGCCCUCUUCAACUUUGUCAAGUGCUGCCUCGCCUUUGCCGCGCCCUUUUUCAUCCCGUCGUGGGCCAUUGGCAACUUCAAGUCGGCCUACAUUGUCCAGGCCGUCGUCGUCGUCGUCAUCGGGUACGCCAUGGCCAUCGCACUCAUCCUGUGGGGCGAAAAGAUCAGGAGGUGGCAGCGCAUGCCCAUGCUCUGA